UCCUUCUCCUAUCUCGCUCACUCACUAUCUUUUUCCCUCCUUCACCGAGACCGACUGGCUGAGACUGCCCUCUAUCCCUUCUUCCUUCCUUGACAAACCAAAGUCCUUGAAAGCAUGACAACUUGUUUACAUCUCCGUCGAUUUUCAACUUUCAAUCGGAACAAUCCAAUCCCACACAGAACAAUCCCUGAACCCAAAGGACAAGACCUUGAUUUUGUUAACGUUGUACAUAGUCAUCUUAUUCACUCUGAUUGGGAUAAGCUCAACAAAUUAUCCACCCAUUUUACUCCCUUUAGAGUUAACCAUAUUCUUCUAAAGAUCCAGAAAGAUCAUGUUCUUUCCCUUGAGUUCUUCAAUUCUCUCAAAACUCUAAACCCCAUAUCCCUUACUCUCGAAACCCAUUCCAUUAUUCUCCACAUUCUUACCAAAAAGAGCAAGUUCAAGUCAGCACAAUCCAUUCUCAGAACCCUUCUUGCUUCCCGUUCCAUUGAUUUGCCUGGGCAUUGCAAUAAGGGUCUUUUGAGCAUAGCUACCAAGCUUAAGAACUUGAUGGGGAAGAAUGGUUUGGAACCGAAUGUGGUUACUUUUAACUCUUUGAUUCAUGGGUUUUGCAAGGAAGGGAAACUGCAUGAAGCAAAUAGAUUUUUUAGUGAGAUGAAAGUUAUGAAUGUCACUCCUAAUACUGUGACUUACAAUACUUUGAUAAAUGGAUAUGGUCAAGUGGGUAAUAGCAAUAUGGCUGGUAAGGUUUAUGAAGAAAUGAUGAGAAAUGGAGUUAAGGCUGACAUAUUGACUUAUAAUGCUUUGAUUUUGGGGCUAUGCAAAGAGGGUAAGACUAAGAAAGCUGCAUUUCUUGUUAAAGAACUUGAUAAAGAGAAUUUAGUCCCCAAUGCUUCGACCUAUUCUGCUCUCAUUAGUGGACAGUGUGCAAGGAAGAACUCUGACCGUGCUUUUCAGCUGUACAAAAGCAUGGUAAGGAGUGGUUGUCAUCCAAAUGAGCAAACUUUCAAGAUGUUGACAUCUGCCUUUGUCAAGAAUGAGGAUUUUGAAGGAGCAUUCAAUGUCCUGAUGGAUAUGUUUGCGAGGUCUAUGGCUUCUGAUUCAAAUACCUUACUAGAAAUUUAUGAUGGGCUUUGCCAGUGUGGAAAAGAAAAUUUGGCAAUGAAGUUAUGCCAUGAGAUGGAAGCAAGACGUCUAAUUCCAGAAGGUUUUGACAGAGCUGAACCUUUCAAUUCUAUGACAGAGAAAGAGAACAGAACCUUUGGAUAAUGCUGUUAACGCUCGUGCUUCGACUGUAUAUUUUAUAGGUUAGGCAAGUUUGACAUUUGGAAGCACAUCUCUUACUUAGUGAGCGAAAGACUAAAGGAGUUUCCUGUCAAACAUCUGUAAGGUACUUUCAUAUUCAUGUUUAUUUCUAACCACAAGGUGUGCAUGGUUUUACUCUUGGGCAUAGUUGAUGCCUUCAUGUGUUUAAGAAAUAUUCUUGCUCAUGCUUCUGUUUCUUUUAUUAUAUGCUCAAAAUAUCUUCCAUUAUAUGGAACCAUCUUUCCGGUUUUGGAUUAUGCCAAAUCUUUUCUUCUUAGUUUUGGCUUCGUUGGUCCUCGAUAUGACAAAUUAUUUUUUAUGUUAAUAUAGGAGUUCCAUCUUUCUUAGCGAAAACUGUUUAGUGUGUGGAACCCAGUUCAUAACAUCUGCUGCUGUUUCUUUCCACGCCCUUCUAUCAUCCUUAAAAGUUAAACUCGAUAUAGUCAAAUUGAACUAAUUGUUUUCAUUCUAGUGAAGGAAAGAAAAUCUCCGUCAUUUUCCAGUCAGGCAGGGUGAAAAUUUAUUAAAGAUAAAAUUGUAAAUAGAAAUUACAGUAGCUUCAUCCAAAGAUAGAUCACUUUGUGAGAUGUUGACUAGAGCCUCAAGGAAACUGAAAUACAAAGGAAACCAGAGAAGCAACUUCUUAUUUUAGAAACAACCCUGAGCCUGAAUUGUAGCCAUAAUUUUCUAAUGGUUGAAAUUAACUUUGACAGUGUUGGAUAGUAACUUAAAAGUCCUUACAACCAGAUUUGAUCCUAUUUACAAUUCAUCAGUGAGGUAAGGAAUGCAAGGGGUGGAAAUGAAGCAGAAUUUAGUGCUGCUCCAAAUAACAGUCUAAGGAUCCAUGUCACAUCAAACUGUUCUACUCUUUCCCCAUUUGCCAGUUUCCAGCCGAACUGAUAUAGAGCUGACCAAGUGGAAGUUCAAUAUUUGGAAUGGAAAAUAUUCCUGGACAUAUCUUCUUUCCUGCUUCGAUAGAAGAUAUUUAAAGUUGGUCCCUUCUAACUGACGGAACAACUAAGGAGCCUCGGGUUGAAAGGAAUUUGCAUCAAUGCCUUGUUGUGGAUCUCUACUUAUUGCCCACACAUUAUAAUCGUUCUGUUUCUCUCUGGUAUCAUAUGCCCAUUGGUUUUCUGUUACCUCUCGUGGAAGUAAGGGGACUGGAGGGUGUAACCUGAAGAGGUUUUUUGACAACUGAUCUCUGAUAAUUUGGUUUCCAAGUGUUCGACUCUUCUAGUUUUCUCCUUCGAAGACUUGUUACACCUCAGUUUGUGCCCUAUCCAAUCCUCCAGGGCCACUCAGCAACUCUGACAUUGCCCAUUCUAUGGUUGUUACCGUGGUAUCACUCCCUGCAGCAAACAUCCCCUGGAAUGGGCUGAGCUGAAUUUUAGUUCCAUGGACUAAAUUGCUAACAUGCUCAGAAUCUUUUUGCGUGUGUAUUUUAUGGAGUCAGCAACACGUGCUAUCACCUUAAUUUAUGGUCCAAUCUUUCCUUGAGCUUCAUUUUAUAUAUUUAGGUUGGAUCUAUAUCAGAAGAUGCUGUAAUCUGAAUUUUUCAGAAGUCACUGUACUCUUUGGCCUGCCAACCAUACGAGUCUUUUGGUGCCUUGUAUUCCCUCCUCGAAAUGCUCUGUAUUUCUUACAAUUUAGGCGCUUGAAUUUGUUACAGAUUAUUGAGAAUUUGUGAUGUACAACAGUACACAUUGUUUCUAAAGAGUUAAGUUUUCAA